UCUCUCUCUCUCUCUCUGUGUAUCAAUCCCUCUCUUUUCUAAACCAUUUAUCUUAGCUUUAAGUGUGUAAUUUUUGCAUGGAUAUCCUAUCACAGGAACAGAUUAGUGUGUUCCAAGAGGCCUUCUUGCUCUUUGACAGGGAUGGAGAUGGUUGCAUCACCAAGGAGGAACUAGACACUGUCAUAAGAAGAAAUUUGGGCCAAGAAGCAACAGAAGAAGAGCUCCAGGAUAUGAUAAGGGAGGUUGAUGGGAAUGGAAAUGGGACCAUAGAGUUUGGAGAGUUCUUGAUCCUAAUGUCCAAGAAAAUGAAGGAGAUUAAUUCUGAUGAGGAAUUGAAAGAAGCUUUCAAGGUUUUCGACAGGGACGAAAAUGGUUUCAUCUCAGCCACUGAGCUGAGGAAUGUGAUGAUCAAUCUUGGGGAGAAGAUGACAGAUGAAGAGGUUGAGGAGAUGAUCAAGGAGGCCGACGAGGACGGCGACGGGCUCGUGAAUUAUCAGGAAUUCGUGCGGAUGAUGACGUUCUAAUCAACCUAUAAUUCAAUGAAUUACACUAAUUGUUGGCAAUAAAAAAUAAUUCCAAGUUUAUUUCUUGUUUUCUUCUUUUUUUCUUUUUCUUUUUUUUGUGAUGUUUAAAAUACUAUACAUGUUAUUGAUCUCUGUUGCACAUGAGCCUAUAUAUGUAUUCUGAGUAGUUUGUGAUCGAUCAGUUAGUUUUCAGCAUAGAAUAACAAUUGAUCAUUGGUUAACAAUGUAUGUUAAUUUUUUCAUUUAAGAGGAAUG